GGAGCCACGGCGCUGCACCUUGCUGUACACAGCAGAUCCAAGUCCGUUACGUGGUUGCUGGUCGAGAAUGGCGCCAAGAUUGAUCUACCGGACCAAGACGGUAUGACAGCGCUGCACCGAGCCGUGAUAGCGGGGGAUACCGCUCUGGUAUGGUACCUCUUGGAAAAGGGAGCGGAUUUAAGUCUUGUGAACAAUUACGGCCGCGACUGUCUGCAUCUGGCUGCACAGUUGGGCCAUGACAGGAUCUUGGGUCUCUUUCUUGAGCGCGGCAUGGAGACUACACGACAGGACAAGAAGGGGAAGACAGCACUC